UCUCUGCGUUUAAUCAUGCCUCCUAAGAAGGACUUGCCGGUAAAAAAGCCACUAGCCAAACCUGUAGCCAAACCCAAAGCACCUGAGGCAGCUCCUGCAGCCAAACCCAAAGAACCGGAACCAGCACCAGCGCCUGAAAAACCCAAGGAGCCUCCAGUUGACCUAUCCAAAGUGGUGAUUGAGUUUAGCUCAGAGCAGCUGGAAGACUUUAAGGAGGCUUUCCUCCUCUUUGAUCGUACCGGUGAUGGCAAAAUCCAGUACAACCAGUGUGGGGACGUCAUGCGGGCCCUGGGACAAAACCCCACCAAUGCAGAGGUUCUCAAGGUGCUGGGAAACCCAAAGGCUGAAGAGCUGAACACCAAGCUGCUUGGCUUUGACCAAUUCCUCCCCAUGCUUCAGACUAUUGCGAAGAACAAGGACCAGGGCACCUUCGAGGACUUUGUGGAGGGUUUAAGAGUCUUUGACAAGGAAGGCAACGGCACCGUGAUGGGAGCCGAGCUGCGCCAUGUUCUAGUUACACUCGGAGAAAAGAUGGGUGAAGAUGAGGUGGAGACUCUUCUCGCUGGUCAUGAAGAUGCAAAUGGUUGUAUUAAUUACGAAGACUUUGUCAGGCACAUCAUGUCUGCGUGACCGCACCCCAUGGAACUUGUCCGGAUGGUAAUGAGCGGCUAAACUGUCAUCGUAUAUACCAGCUGGAGGGGAGCGGCUCUUGUGUAUUAGUGUUCUUUUGUUACCUAUUAUAUUUUCCUUUUUGUUCUCCUGGAGGGGAGGCUGGGUGGUUUUAGAAAGUGCCUUUUCUACUUCUCCUGUCAAUCUGUUCUGUCUUGGAAAUGGUCACAUACCAUCGUGGUAGAGAGUUGGGUCCAAUGACAUCUGAGACCCUCGGCAGAAAUCCCAACUAAAGGAACCCGGAGACUCCGUUCUGAGCUGCUCUGCUUCAUUGUGUAGAUAAAUUAUUACUACCUUUCCAUCACCAAAUAAACUAAUUACCUUUUUCAAAA